AUGGAAACUAAAAAUCGUGAUUUCAUUGUUCCUCACCCUUCUCCUCACGCUUGUGCUGCCACUAUUGGGAAAUCAGACAAAGACCUUCCUACCCCAAAAAUUAUCAAGGACCUCAAUAAUUCGUUCGCGCGCGAAAGCAAAACCAAACUUCAUAAUCCGAACUUAAAAGAUGAAUUAAUAUCAUCUGAAGAAAUUCAGAACGAACAGCAAACUGAUAAUUUAGAUAAGAUAAAGAUCCAUGGAAUUCUCAAAAAAGAAAUUCUGGUUGAAAGUAACGUUAAAAGCAUCAUUGAUAAGGAUAACAGUAAUGAUGAUGAUGUAUUAACAGAAGGAAUAAUGGACCUUACUCACAAAAGUCAUUUCGUUCGGCAACUUCCCGAAGAUGUUUAUAAAAGUUUUCUUGAAUCAUUAAAUCAAUAUGAUCAAUUAAUCCCGGCAACUGUCGAAUUUACUGCAAGAAAAGUGAGCGUUAUUUCACAAAAUGCAAGAGAUGCUCUGUUUAUUGCAG